UCUCGUAAAGUUAUGACUUUAUUCGCAUAAUGUUACGACUUUUUUCUCAUAAUAUUAGGACUUUAUUCUGGAAAUCUCAGAUGUUUUUUCCCCUCAAUGUAGCUCUAAUACUCCGUCGUAAAUUUGCACUUGGUCCCUCACUACAUUAGACUUAUGUACUAUAUACUUAGACUAUAAACUGUGUUACCUUCAUCACAAUGCUCAAAUGUUUUGCGGCUCCAGACAGAUUAUUAUUUGUUUGUCUAAAAUGUCUCUUUUGAUAGUAAAGGUUGCUGACCCCUGCACUAGAGUCACACACACUAAAGAAAGCGUGGUUCUGCGCAUGCGCAGUAGCAGCCUCUCGUCGCACAUGGACCACCCUCCGCAACAAAAAAAACCAGGAAGUGAAACCAAACAUUCCUGGCUGCUGUCUGGGAAAGACCGUUAAUGAAUCAUAUUAGGAUGUAGACGUGGUCACUUCGGGCUACUAGCACACAUGCUGCGGCUUGUUCCUCACCAGUGCUGGGAAUUAAAAUGGAGCCAUAUGAUAGUGGAGAGGAAGAGACCAUGGAGACACUUGUUGCUGCCGACUCGCUUCUUAACAUGGACUGUCCUGACGUCCUCUCCCUGGAACACUACUCCCAGACCUUCUUACCGUCACUGGGUGAUGUCAUCACUACUCCUGUUACCCAGGUGACUGUGUCAGCAGAGGGGGUUGUGGGAGCUUUUGACCAGCCACAAUGGCACUCGUUGCACACAAAGAAGCCUGCGGCACAGCUGCAAUCCAAAAAGAGAGGGAGGAAACCUCGACAUAGAAGGGCAGAGUCUCCCACACCAGACAUUAUAGUGAAGAAGGACAAAUACAACAAAGGAGGAAACACGCUGUACCUGUGGCAGUUCCUGAUGGAGUUGCUGCAGGACCGACAGGUCUGCCCCCGCUACAUUAAAUGGACCAAUCCCCACGCAGGAAUCUUCAAGCUAGUCAACUCAAAAGCAGUGGCCAGACUCUGGGGCAAACACAAGAACAAGCCAGAUAUGAAUUACGAGACGAUGGGCAGAGCACUCAGGUACUACUACCAGAGAGGCAUUCUGAAUAAGGUUGAAGGACAGCGUCUCGUCUACCAGUUCACCUCUCUGCCCAAAGAUAUGAUUUACAUCACAGACGGAGACGGCAUCAAAGAGGAAGAAGAUGACGAUCUCGACGACAACAGUGGCGUGAGCGACGACUCCGAUGACAGCACUAUACCUUCUAGUGACCAAUCGGUGGAGGAGGAAGAUCUGCGCCCGCCACAGAAGAAAACGACAUCCGGCUCCGUUCGAGCCCCGGCCACCCAGCGGACCAGGCCGCCUCCAAGGGCCCCGGGCCAGCGCGACACCGUACUGCGGCCUGCCAGCGCCAGCCUGAUCCAGGAGCAGCAUUUGCCCAUCGUGUCCGCAGAGAUGCUGCGGACCCUCCAGAACCUGCAGAAGGUCCAGUCCCUGCAGCCCGCGGGGCACGCCUCAGUCUUCAAAACAGCCCAGCUGCUGGGGAGUCUGUGUGAGCGACAGGCCGCCGCUGAGGUGGAUGUGGACAGAGUGGGUGCACGGGAGGAAAAGUCACACCCAGGACACAAAACGUCACAAGUGGAGACUCCACAGCUGGUGCCCUUAACUAGCUCCGACCAGUAGAAAAGACCAAUGACCUGCCCCCCCCGCCCCCCCAAAACACUCCACUGACUCAGGACCAGCUACAGAGCUGCGCUUUGUUGUGGCAACGUCUGCACACCAGGGCCUAUACUUCUUAAGAGUGGGAGCAUUGAUCUAGGAUUAUUUUUGUAUUUUAGAUUAUAUUGUGAAUUGUUAACAAAAGUAAUUCUACAUCACUGCUCCCUCCUUGACGUCUGAGUUGGCAGGAACCAAAAUCUCACAACAUUUAGCAGUUUACUUUCCAAGAGAAAGCUAGUUCACGUGCUUUAUCUCAGCCUCCUGUCGCUCUCUUAACCAAGACACCAAAGAACAGACAUGCACUGGAAUCAACAGCCUCUCUGCACCUUCUGCAGACACACCUUCUGCUUCUUGCACUUCAAAUGAUCUGAUCCGCACACUGUGCCCUCCUCCUCCUCUGCCUUUACUCUCGCUCUUUCCCACUCUUUAUUAUUAUUUUUUUAUUACUAUCACAUGCUGAAUCAUUCCUCUGCCUUGAAAAUGGCUUUGCACUAAUGUUUACCCCUGCUGUAAGUUUCUUCUCUAAGUGCCUGAUGCUCUCCCGUCCCUUCUUCCUGUGUUCCUGGUAAUCACGAGGUUAUUGAGGGAAAACAUUCCAUAUUAUUUUGUGUUUGUCUUUUUUUAAGAUUAUGUUUGUAUUGUGAAAUGUUGAAAACAAGGGAUCACUGUUUUUUUUGUAGAAUAGUAAUUUAGCACUGCUGCUGUUUGUAGUCGAUGUAUCUACACAGUGGACCUUCCUUUUGUUGACAAUCACCCGUGAAAUGGCCUUUUAUUUAGCUCCUUUGCCUCCUGCUACUAUUUAGCCUUUCUGCUAUGCACACAUUCUGUUUAGUUUAUUACACGUAUAUAAUGCAUAUAUGAACUUCUAAAGCCUUGAUAUCCCUAUGUAUUGUGUGUUUAUAUACUGUAUGUCAUAUGUGAACAUGCUUGACUUUGUGCCUUGUUGCCAUUUUCUCCCUCAGGUUCAUUCAAAAUUAGUUUUACUGCACAGACUAUAUAUGCAAGGAGUAAAACGGCUCGCCCUUUUAUAUUGAAGUAAUGCUAAGUUCAGCGUCUCACUUCAGUUGAUCUUAGUUUGGCCUCACAAGUUUCACUCCAAAUAUAGACUGAGUUUAUAAGAUUUAGGCCGGCUUGGUUUAGGAGAUGCUUGUAACUUGGCCUUCGCCCCCCAGUUCCCCAGGGAACCAUAUGCAAAACUGUUUUCACUUUAUUACUGAGUAAACCGCCCUUCACUUUGCUUUAUCUGGAGGCCUCUUGAUACUGUAAGUUUUACUGAUAUUGCUGUGUGAGCUUGUAGCAGAGGGAGAGGUGGAGUUUCUGUUGCCUUAUUUUUGUUGUGUGUUGCCUUCAUGCAGUCCAGAGGUGUUGGAAAGAUAAUGGUCUAUUAUAUGAAAUAAACGUAAUUUUGUCAUUGUGUGAAA